AUGUGCCUCGAUUGCUUGGUCCAUAAACGCACCUCCGGAAAGAAAACAGGUUUGCUACAUCCGAUUCCGACCGGACAGAGACCGUUUCAGGUGAUACACGUCAAUCACUUGGGUCCCUUCGAGACGAGUACAAAAUCGAACAGGUAUUUACUAGUGGUCACCGACAAUCUGACUAAGUAUAUUCACCUGUGCCCGUGCCGUUCGACCGACACGGCUGGCGUGAUCCGAAACAUGGUCAAAUUCUGCGAUGAACGAGGAAUGCCCGAACGUAUAAUAAGUGACCGCGGUUCGUGCUUCACCGCGAACGCCUUCCAAGAGUUCUGCCGAUCCCGAGAGAUAAACCAUACAUUAAACUCGACAAGACACCCUUAG